AUGGUGAUCUUGAACUUCACGCUCAGCGAGGAGGGCGUGUCUGUUUUCCACGACGCCCUCGCCUGCAUGUACAAGUUCAGUGAUGAUGUUUGCUUGGAAGCAAGAAGGGACAAGCUUACCUUGACUACUCUCAACAUUUCAAAGUCAGCAUACGUUUGCUUCACUUUUGCCGCUAACAGGUUCUUCUCCCGUUACCAUUUCGAGGGAAAUGCCCUGUAUCGAGACAGAUUCUUCUGCCAACUCUACGUCCGGUCCCUCUUGUCCAUCUUUCGGUCUCGCCAAGGUGGUGAUUCUGCACGGGAUAAAGAUGCUUCCAUCGAGCGCUGUGAUGUUGCCAUUGAAGAUGGCCCUGGCAAGAAGAGCCGCUUGAUUGCAAGAAUCUCUUGCAGGAACGGAAUCACCGCGUCUCAUUCUCUACCGUUCGAACCAAAGCCACCAACUCAUGCCAAGUUUGAGAAGGACGAGGCUGGGAAUCGUUGGUCGAUCUCAUCUAGCACACUGCGACAACUCAUGGAUCAUUUCGGUCCGGGUAUUGAAUUGCUUGAUAUCAACACGGAUGACGAUGAUCAUGUUGUGAACUUUACCUGCUUCACGGACAAGGUGCAGAAACGCGGCCCUCAUGGCAAUGAAGCUGUCCUCAAGAAGCCGCUUCACACCAACAUUUCUGUAGAAAUGGCCGAGUUUAACGAGGUUGAAGUCCAAGACAAACUUCACAUCAUCAUUAGUGUCAAGGAUUUCCGAGCCAUUCUCCAACACGCUCAAAUAAUCAGCGGAGAGCUCGCAACCUACUACUCGGAGCCCGGACGCCCGAUGAAAUUAUCUUAUAGUGCGGACGGUAUUCUGUGUGAGUUCAUCCUCAUGACGGUUGGAGAACAGGAUGCCAUGACCCAGAAGCACAAAAGUACCAGGGCAAGGGCUUCAAAGACCCCAAAACCGGGUUCGGGUCCGGGACCAGGUCCUGCGUCAAAGCCUGACGGCUCUGUUGCAAACAAUGAGGCCAAAGACGUUCCAAAGCCAGCGCAGAAGCCUCCUCAACAAAAGACACCGCCACGACCACGACAGACACAAUUUGAAAUUCGACCACCACCCAUACCGCCUCGAACCCCGGUGGCCGCCAAGACUGAUCGAUCUGAUUCGCCGUUAUUCGUUGAGCAAGGCGACGAGGACCGGCAAUGGGAUCCCGUGGAUCGUGAGGAUGAAGAGGAGAUGGACAACGCUAGAGUCGAGUGGAAUGCAACGGGCGAACCGAAUCCGCCGUCCUUGCGAAUUAGCAGUUUACUGGCAAGACCGGCUGUGCCCGGUAAUGAGCCAGACAGACUUACUGGGGGACUCGAGCCAACCCAGCAGCUUUCCGAGGCAUGUAUCAUGUUGUCUCCUAUGUCUAUUCUUUGGCUAACUGGCAACCAGGUUCGGCGCUUUGGUUUAUUUUCCUCUUGA